AGUCUGGCGGCGACGCGCAUAAUGUGAGUGCGUCUGUACAGUACAAUACUGCCAGGUGUAGUCAAGGGGACCGGUGGUACUGAACCUGCGUUCCUCCAAGGGACUCUGGGGCGGGGCAUGCCAACCCGUGUCAACUGAGGCGGCCAUCCUCGGUGGCGCUGACAGGGCCCGCUUCCCGUUCUCUAUUCUCACUCGGCCAGCUCAUUCCUGAAUAUACAGCGUGAACGGCUUGACUCGGGCCGUGGAGAGAUGGACUCAAAACCACGCAUUCAGCGAUGUUGCUGCCGCUCUCGCCGUUAAAUGUAGCGCACAGCCCAGCCAAUUAGUGCGGCCAGCCAUAGAAGGUCCUCGUACGGAAUCACGUGCUGCUGGCGGCGCUGCGACUUCGAGCGGUGUCCCGUGGGCUGGCGGAAACCAACCACCGCCUCGGCCCUUCGCCGGCGCGACCUUUCAUGUGCGCUGCUGGUUGCAGGCGCAGCGUCGCCAACGCCUGUAUGGCAUUAUCUCUGCUACUGCCUUUGAUACUACAGCAUUUGAUGUGUGCCUGACUCCUAACCAGCGCGGAUUUACUCCGAAAGGCGUGGGGGAUUACUCCUGGAGUGCAGCAACACGUGGCAGCAACUAACAUUUACACGACCAUUACACGCGUCAACCUCGCAAGUGCGCUGGAAGAAAGCAGGCUGCUUGAAUACAGCAACCGAGCAACGUUGCGCCCCCGCCCUGGCGCACCUUUAGCCGCAGGUCCCACAAACCAAAAAAACACUCCCGACACACAACUAGAACAGACAUGCUGGCGGCACAGCGCACGUCGAAUAACCAAGCCUUCGAAACACCGCACGGCAGUGCAGGCAGCAGCAGCAGCGCGGGCCGCGCCGAAACGCCCGCAGCCGCUAUGCGGCGCGAGCGGCUGCUGCCGCUGCUGCUGCUGGGACUGGUGCUGGGCCUGUUGGCACUGGUAGCGGUAGUGGGGCACUGGCACCACGACCAAUGGCUGCAGCAGGAGGCGCAUGAUGAUGAGGGAGUGGGCGGCAGCAAGUGCGGCCCGCAGCAGCUGCCGCUGCAGUUGCAGGGCGCCGACGCCGCGGCGCCCACCACAGCAACCCCCGCCCGCCGCCACCUGCUGCUGCACGACAGCGGCUCCGGCACAGGCACAGGCCGCGGCAGCAGUGUCGGCGGCGGCGGCGGCGGCGGCGGCACGCUGCUGCAGCGGCGGCAGCAUGUGCGGCGGCUGCUGGGGCGCCGGCAGCUGCGGCAGCGGGGCUUCCCGAGCGCCUACGGUCCGAUCCGGGACGACGCGGCCACUGGCUACAACACACCACCGCCCUGUGACGCCCAGUGCGUGGCCAUAUGCAACAGCAGCCCCUCCCUCGCCGUCGCCUACGGCUUCCGCUGCUUCGCCACCUACAGCGACAACGGCGGCGGCGGCGGCGGCGGCGGCUUCGGCGGCGGCGGUUCCAGUGGCGGCGGCGGCGGCCCCAGUGGCGGCAGCGGUGGCAGCGCCAACAAGGCCGCCGCGCACGACGGCUGAUACGGCACCUUCACGUGUACGGUAGCGGCGCUAAUAACAUAGGGCGCCGGCGCCGGCACCAAUAAACCUGUCGUGUGCCCAGGCGCGCGCAACGGUCCUGCAGUAUAGCGAUCAUUGGGUUGCAGGCUGUUGGGCGCGCUAGCUAAUCAGGGUGGCGCAUCACUUGUUGAUUACGUCAGAUACCGUUUGAGCAUAUCGACUAGGGGCCAUGUGGUCUUCUUAAUGGCGCUGCCAUGAAUUGCGCAGCGGGGGCGGUUUGCCUGCAUGGGUAUAUAUUGCCUGCAUGCUAAACGCACAAACGUUAACUGUUAACAUCAAUCAUACCGGCUUAAACCCAUAGAACCCACGACGGCACCGACAUCAACACGGCUGCGCACGCUGCGCCCAGGCAGGCGCAACGGUUAUGUAGCGUACGUUAACAGCAUGGUGUGGCUGUUGGUUUGGAUGUAUGGAUUGAGCGUGUGAGCUUGCUUUAGCCCGUGCCCAGAGAAGGCUCGUAGUACUACUGCCGUUGCGUUGCCUUCGGAAGCAGGGCUGGAGCCAGCAGCAUGCCUAUUGACUGCAUUGGCGGAUUGGCCCCGCGCAAAUAACUGCAUGUUUUGACACCAUUCAAACCAUUCGGCUUAAACCUUUGGAGUGGGAAUGAACCCAGGGAACUCAAAUGAAGCAGAAGCUUAGAGAAGCUGAACCCCAAGUGGAUUGACCCGACUCGGGCUUACUUUGCUUCGUGCAUGCGUGUGCAUGUGCUUAGUAUGUGCACUCAAGAUAGAGUUGUGUAUUGUGUGAUUAGCGCGUGUUCCCGUGGGCGCGCGAGAUGACUUCAUUUGAUGUACCGUGUUGCUAUCAUAGCACUCUUCAAUGAAACGUAGUUGGCAAUGCAUGUGUGGGUGAUUACGAACUGUUGUUGUUGUUGUUGCUGUUGCGGUUGCAGGACCUUGCCGUACGUUGCACAGACAAAC